CGCUAACCCAAAAAGGUGAUCCGACCCCGCGACGCGCCUGCAGCGUUUCAGCGAUACGAUCCGGGCUGGCGCGUCCCCGCCUCGUCUGGGCGACGGGUGUAGCUACAACAGUCUUGAAGACUUCGGUGCUCUUACCAUCUCGAUGUACUGUUCCUCUUGUCAACUCUUUCCUCUCCAGGCUUCUCCAAGGGCUCCACAUUUCUUCGUUUUCUAUACCCCGGAACUAAGCAAAGUCGUGCUCGAACCCUUCGCAAUGUAUAUCCCUACUGUUGAACCCACUGCGACCAUCAGCCAGACCACAUCGAUCGUCACUACCAUUGCUACCUCGACUUCGACCGCGAUCUCCGCUCCGACCGGCGAUCAACCUGAUAUCGUCAAAUUGUGCAGCGGCCAGAUCUUCUGUGUCAUCUACCUCAGUGCGGGACCUUGGGAUGCUUCGAAUAUCAUCGCCUUCUUCAAGGACUUUGCUCAGGCGAUCGUCCUCGCUUGCGUCUCGAUAGUCUUGGUCCUCACCAUCCUCUACUUCAUCAUCGACAAGAUUACUGGUGGCGAAUUCUUCAAGGAAGUUGCCAUCCUCCACCCUGAUACCCAUCCCCGUAUCGUCCGUGCAGACCGGAUCGCGUCGACCUUUCCCAGAGCCUACCGUCGAGGACAACGAUGCCCCACGGAGCGUUCGCUAUUGGUGGACUUGUAUGAUCAACACGAUAGUAGGAUGAGUCGCUGUUACAACACCUGGCCUGGAUCUCGGUGCAGCCAACGGACCAGCUCAGCUACGUUGCACACGAUCACCGAGAUGGAUGAGGAGAUGGAGGCUUUCGACAUCAAAGUUUCCGUCGCUCGGAACUAGAGUGCUCUUCCUCCCCUCGAUGCCAGAGGUCCCGAUCAUCACUCUCACUCCUACCCAGAAUCAGGCGUACGAAGCGGCCCACUAUAAUAAAAGAUAUCUCAAUCCCGAUUGGAUGUCAUGGGAGGAUAAGGAACUACACAGGUUGAUCAAACUGUGGACAUGAUAGGAGACGGAGUGCGUGCGAGGAGAGCCGGUCUUGAUGUCGGUCAUCGGUCCUUAAAGGAGGCGGGAUAUAUCAAAAGUUCAUAAAAAACAAUCUAUAAUGCGGC